AAAGACGCGCGAAUUACGGCCGACACUCUCCGGUGGCUGCAUUCGCUCGCUCAUACCCGUGUCUUCGUCUACCUCGCGCUCGCGCUGCGUUCAUAAGAGCGCGCGAGAGAGAGAGUGGAUCACAGCCGACUCUCUCCACCUCCGCAGUUGCUCACAGCCGGUGCUAUCCAUGGACGCUGCGGAGAGCAACGAUAGCAAGCUGCAGAGCCCGCUGCUGCUGCCGACGCCGCAGUCGGCACCGCCGCUGGCCGGCGCUGACGGCGGGGAGCGGCGGCUGGAGAGCAUCCUGGGUGACAUGUCGGGGCCGUGGGCGCGGAGGAUGUGCGCCGCGACGGCGGUGGAGCUGCCGAUGCUGGCGCGGCUGGCGGCGCCGGCCGUGCUGGUGUACAUGAUCAACUACCUCAUGUCCAUGUCGACGCAGAUCUUCGCCGGCCACCUCGGCACGCUGGAGCUCGCCGCCGCCUCCCUCGGCAACACCGGCGUCCAGAUGUUCGCCUACGGCCUCAUGCUUGGCAUGGGGAGCGCGGUGGAGACGUUGUGCGGGCAGGCGUACGGCGCGAGCAAGUUUGACAUGUUGGGCAUCUAUAUGCAACGCUCCAUCGUCCUGCUCAUGGCGACCGGCGUCCCGCUGGCCGCCCUCUAUGCCUUCUCCCAACCCAUCCUCAUCCUCCUCGGCGAGUCACCGGAGAUCGCCCGUGCCGCGGGCAUCUUUGUGUACGGCCUCAUCCCGCAGAUCUUUGCCUAUGCGGUCAACUUCCCCAUCCAGAAGUUCAUGCAGGCGCAGAGCAUCAUGGCGCCAAGCGCCUACAUCUCCGCCGUGACGCUCGUCGUCCACGUCGUCCUCAGCUACCUCGCCGUCUACAAGUUGGGUCUGGGGAUCUUGGGUGCCUCCAUCAUCCUUAGCGCCAGCUGGUGGAUCAUCGUCAUCGCGCAGUUCAUCUAUGUUGUCACCAGCAGCCGGUGCCAGCUCACGUGGACUGGGUUCUCCGUGAGGGCCUUCUCUGGCCUGCCCCAGUUUUUCCGGUUAUCCAUUGCCUCUGCCGUCAUGCUCUGUCUUGAAGCUUGGUACUUCCAGAUUCUCGUGCUCAUUGCUGGCCUCCUCAAGAACCCUGAAUUGUCGCUUGCGUCGCUCUCAAUCUGCAUGACCAUUUCAGGGUGGGCAAUCAUGAUCUCCUUUGGAUUCAACGCAGCAGCCAGCGUGAGGGUCAGCAAUGAGCUUGGAGCUGGAAACCCCAAGUCAGCGGCGUUCUCGGUGGUGGUAGGGACGAUGGUGUCCUUCACCUUGUCACUGAUAAUCUCGGUGGUCAUCCUGCUCUGUCGCGACUAUAUCAGCUACAUCUAUGCUGACGGCGAGGAGGUGGCAGCGGCGGUAUCCAAGCUGACACCGCUGCUAGCGCUAACUGUCAUCCUCAACGGCAUCCAACCCGUACUGUCAGGGGUGGCCGUGGGCUGCGGUUGGCAAGCAUUUGUCGCCUACGUCAACGUGGGAUGCUACUACGUCGUCGGCGUCCCCUUGGGUUGCAUCCUUGGCUUCUACUUUGACCUCGGCGCGACGGGCAUAUGGUGCGGUAUGAUUGGAGGUACUCUGAUGCAGACUGUGAUCCUAGUGUGGGUUACCUUUAGGACAAACUGGGACAAUGAGGUGGCCGAAGCAAUGAAAAGAUUACACAAGUGGGAAGACAAGAAACCUCUAUUAGCUGUCGAGCAAUGAAACAAGGAUUUUCAUAUGAAUUUCAGAGCUUCGUAAGCGGGAUUUCAAGCAGUUGGUUGCGGCAUGGACGUUGCUACAAAAUAUCCGAGCCGGUGGAGCUUGGCGCCAAGAAACUUGAGUGGACUACUAUGGAGUUUAUAACCCUAUUUGGAUACCUUGCAGGCUUCUUAGUAUUUAUAAUAAUCUUGGUUGGCAUGUUACAUCCUUCUUUCAAUGGAUUGUCUUGUGUUUUUGGUCUUCUCUCUUUCCAGCGAAGCCAAUUGUAUAGCAACUUUGUAAUAAACAUUGUAAUAAGUUAUUCUAUAUGCAUCUAUGAUGCAGAUGCCGUGGUAAUAAAAGCAUUCUUUAGUUAAA